AGCCAUUAUACUUUAUUUUUGCCUUUUCGCCCCCACACACCUCACAAUCUUUUUUAAAGCGACUAACACGACAUUAUAAUCUACUAUUAAGCUGCUCAUUCUGCAUGAACCAUGACUUUGGACAGCAGCAACAAGCCACGUUCUUUAGCUCAUGCCGAAGACGCUAUUCACGAAAAGUCACCAAUUUCCCCUUCCUCGUCAUCUACAUCAACUACAACUUCUCCUUCACGAUGGCACACACGGGAGUUUUAUUUCUACUAUGUAUGUUUUACCAUUGUUGUACCUUACAUGUUCUACGUUACUUACAAUCUCAGCAAAGAGGAUAAUCCGCAUUAUACCGAAUAUGAGCACCUGUUAUCCGAGGGCUGGAUCCCUUACCGGAAAGUGGAUAACAGUGAUGCUCAGUACGCCACCUUUCGAGAUAAUAUACCCCGACUAUUUGGAGUUGUUGUAGGCUAUCUGUGCCUGAGUCAUUUGUAUCGGAUAUGGGCAACACCAAAGCAACUUCCAGUCAAGCAACCACAUCAGCCACUUCAUCGCAUCUAUUUCUUCUUUUUUGCAGCAUUAACAGUUAUCACAGCAUUCCAUGGAACCAGCAUGCUUAAAAUAUUGGCAAUCAUCACAACCAGUUAUUGGAUCGGCCAAUCGGCCGGAGGAACCAUGUGGAAUCCAAUCGGGUCAUGGACGUUUAACUUGGGCAUCUUGUUUUUGAACGAGUGGUAUGAUGGAUAUAGAUUUGGGGCUCUGCUCGGACCUGGUUUUGUAUGGAUGGACGAAUACAAAGGUUUUCAACCACGCUGGCAUAUCCUGUUCAACUUUGUUAUGCUUCGCCUGGUGUCAUUCAAUAUGGAUUAUUACUGGCAAAUCAAGAAGCCGCGGGAUCAAUAUGAGAAGGAUGAUCGACUGGGUGGUCCUAUAUCAGACAAGGACCGGAUAACAGUACCUUGCUUUGCGUCGGAUUAUAAUUAUAUCAACUUUUUGGCCUAUGUUCUUUAUCCGCCCCUCUACCUUUGCGGUCCCAUAAUCACCUUCAAUGACUUUGUUUCACAGGUCCGAUACCCUUCGCAUAAAGUGACGCGGCGAUUCGUUAUAACCUAUGCAGUACGACUUGCUGUAGUAAUUUUGGUCAUGGAGCUGACCUUACACUAUCUUUACGUGGUUUCUAUCAGCAAAGCCAAAGCUUGGGAUGGUGAUACACCGCUGGAACUGAGCAUGAUUGGAUACUUCAACUUGGUGAUUAUUUGGAUGAAGUUGCUGAUUCCAUGGAGGUUUUUCCGACUUUGGGGCCUAGCUGACGGUAUCUUCACGGAAGAAAACAUGGUCCGAUGUAUGAGCAAUAAUUUUUCGGCCCAACGGUUCUGGAAAAGUUGGCAUCGUACUUUUAAUCGCUGGACGGUUCGGUACAUUUUCAUUCCGCUGGGUGGAUCAAAGUACAUGGCGUACAAUAUGUGGGUCGUGUUCACGUUUGUUGCACUGUGGCACGAUAUUGAGCUCAAGUUGCUGGCAUGGGGAUGGCUCAUUUGUUUGUUCUUGAUGCCUGAAUUGAUUGCUUCACGGGUGUUUUCUUUCAAGAAGUUUGGCAGCAAGCCAUAUUAUCGCUUUGUAUGCGGCGUUGGUGCAGUUGCCAACAUCCUCAUGAUGAUGAUUGCCAACCUGGUCGGCUUCUGUGUGGGUGUCGAUGGAAUGGUGGACAUGCUCAACCAUAUCUUUGGCACCGCUAAUGGCUUAGUGUUCUUGGUGACUGUAAGCGUAUGCUUAUUCAUUGCAGUGCAGAUCAUGUUUGAGAUACGAGAAACCGAAAAACGACGCGGCGAUCCCAAAUGGAAGAUGUAGAUUAUCACUAGUAUUCCGUUAUUAUUAUUCGCUUUUAAACAAUAUACGCUCUUUCCUUUCCUAUAAUCUGUGUGUGUGUUUUCCUGCUACCGGCACACACGAGCCGUACAACCAUGAUUGAAUAAAAAGUAGCAUACGCCAUCCAAGUAUCAUGGUUCAAUAAUUGUUCAGUUUUGAUAUUCUAACGAAACAAGCACAGAGCAGCUUUUGUGUGACCGUGGGGGUAUCACAGAUGACAACGUACGAAAACCAAGUAUCACACAGCUUUGAAAGUUAAUCAUGAAGCUAAUAUAGUAGCAUACACUUUGUUAUUGGGCUAUGUCAAGCAAGUUCAAGCUACCCAAAAUAAAACUAAAUAUGACUCGGAUGGAACAUAACAAUCUAAAUAAAUUCUGAGCAAUCG